GUGCUGAUGACGCAGUACUUAUUUAAGUAAUAGAGUUAUGGCUUCAUUUCUUUUACUGGAGAACGAAAGAAAAAGUUACUCUCAAUUUCACAAGCAACUAAUGACGAGCUGAAAGAAAGUUCGAUACUCUUUCUUGAAAUUCUUGCUCUUUCCUUUCAAAUUUCUCCGCUCGUCUCUGGGGUGUGAUAGAUUGUAGUAAGGGUCAUAUUUGAUGGGUGGAUAAUGGGUUCUCUUGAGAGUGGCGUUCCAUUCAAGAAAGAUCAGAAUCACCAGCUUUUGGUUCGCCCAUCAUCAGGAGUAAGCAGGCUUCAUAGGCUCAGAUCGAGAUGCACAAGGGCACUGUUGUUCAAGAAGAUUAACUAUAUGCAGUGGAUUUGUACUGUGGGGCUGUUCUUCUUCUUCAUUGUGCUGUUCCAGAUGUUGUUACCUGGUUCAUUUGUGGAAAAAUCAGAAAAUUUCUCAAAGGGAAGUGGUGUUGGGUCUGGGGAUUUGGAGUUCUUGAAAGAGCUUGGUGGAUUGGAUUUUGGUGAAGAUUUGAAGUUUGAGCCUUCCAAGAUUUUAGCUAAGCUCAAUGUCUCUGUUAGGUCUGGGAGAGCAAUGGGAUUCCCCCACAGAAAACCCAAACUCGGAUUGGUUUUUGCUAAUAUGUUGGCUGAUCCAUAUCAAGUAAUGAUGCUGAAUGUUGCAUUGGCUUUGAAGGAGAUUGGGUACGAAGUUCAGGUGCUUACCCUUGAAGACGGUCCUGUGCAUGCUGUAUGGAGAGAUGCAGGGUUUCCAGUUAACACUAUAGAAACUAAUGAGAAUAUCUAUGUAGAUUGGCUUUCCUAUGAUGCCUUACUUUUGAACUCGCUUGAAGCUGCCAGAGUAUUAUCUUGUCUUAUGCAGGAACCUUUUAAGAGUGUAGCUGUUAUAUGGACAAUCCAGGAACAUGCACUUGCUGAUCGGUUGAGACAUUAUAAGUCUGGUGGCCAGAAUGUGCUUGUUGAUUAUUGGAGAAAAGUCUUCAGCCGUGCUAAUGUUGUUGUGUUUCCAAAUUAUAUUUUGCCGAUGUCAUACUCAAUCUGUGAUACUGGAAACUACUUUGUGAUCCCGGGGUCUAUUACUGAAGUGUGGGAAGCUGCUAGUUUUCUGGCUUCAAGCAAUGAUAGUUUUCGUGCUAAGAUGGAUUAUGGAUUAGAAGAUUUCAUUAUUGUAAUUGUAGGAAGUCAGCUUCUAUACAAAAGUCUUUUGCUGGAGCAAGCCCUUGUUUUACAGUCUUUGCGUCCAAUUUUUCAACAAUCGGAAAAUGAUGGGAAUUCUAAUUCACAUUUCAAAAUGAUUGUGUUAACCGGGGGAUCAAAUAGUAAUUACACUAUGGCUGUUGAGACAAUUGCGGUGAACUUGAAGUACUCUAAUGGAACUGUGAAGCAUUAUGCUUCAGCUGAAGACACAGAAAGUAUCUUAAGUAUGGCUGAUGUAGUGAUAUAUGCUUCCUUCCGCGAAGAGCAAUCAUUUCCAAACACUCUGCUAAAAGCUAUGUGCUUUGGGAAACCUGUAGUAGCCCCAGAUCUCUCAAUUAUCAAGAAAAAAGUUGAUGACAGAGUGAAUGGUUUUCUUUACCCAAAACAAAAUCUUAGGGUUUUAAGACAGAUAAUGGCCCAAAUUGUCUCAAAUGGUAAAUUGUCACAUCUUGCUCGAAAUGCUGCUUAUAUGGGAAAGCAGACUGCUAGAAACCUUUUGGUUUCAGAGAGUGUUGAAGGGUAUGCUUCACUUCUGGAAAACAUCAUUCUCAGGUAUUCAUCUGAAGCUGCAAAUCCACGGCCCAUGACAAAUAUUCCUCUCAAAUUGAAAUCAGAGUGGCAGUGGCAUCUCUUUGAACCACAUUCCCAUAAUAGAACACAGAAGACCCAUAUUUCACUGGAAAAGCUGGAAAACCAACUCAAUUAUACUGAAAAGGAUAUUUCUGUGGCCUUAAAUGACACCUUUGUAUAUAGUAUUUGGGAGGAAGAGAAAUAUAUGCAGAUGACAAAUAGGGCAAAGAGAAGAGAAGAUGAUGAAUUGAAGGACAGAACCUUUCAAUAUCGUGGAACAUGGGAGGAAGCAUAUAAAAGUGCUAAAAGGGCUGACCGGUCAAGGAACGAUUUACAUGAAAGGGAUGACGGGGAGCUUGAAAGGACAGGUCAGCCAUUGUGCAUAUACGAGCCUUACUAUGGGGAAGGGACCUGGCCCUUUUUGCGACAUACUUCACUGUAUCGUGGACUUGGACUUUCUACUAAAGGACGAAGACCUGGUCAUGAUGACAUCGACGCACCAUCUCGCCUACCACUGCUAAAUAACCCUUAUUACCGAGACAACCUGAAUGAGUUUGGAGGUUUUUUUGCCCUUGCCAACCGGAUAGACCGCAUACACAAGAAUGCUUGGAUAGGGUUUCAGUCCUGGAGACUCACAGCAAGAAAGGAGUCCUUGUCAAAGAUGGCAGAAACAUCACUGGUGGAUGCUAUUGAAGAAAGAAGAUAUGGUGACACAUUAUUCUUUUGGGCUUCUAUGGACAUGGAUCAAAGAAACCCACAUAAACUUGACUUUUGGUCAUUCUGUGAUACCAUUAAUGGAGGGAACUGCAAGUUUGCUUUCUCUGAGGCUUUAAAGAAGAUGUAUGGAGUUAAACACAAUUUAAGUAUUCCUCAAAUGCCAGCCGAUGGAGAUACAUGGUCAGUCAUGAAUAGUUGGGUUUUACCUACCAGAUCCUUCCUUGAGUUCGUAAUGUUUUCCAGAAUGUUUGUGGAUGCACUUGACUCAGACUACUAUGAUCAGCAUCACCUAACUGGAUAUUGCUACCUGAGUUUAACUAAGCAGGAGAAGCAUUGCUAUUGUAGGAUGCUAGAGUUGCUUGUAAAUGUGUGGGCCUACCAUAGUGCCAGAAGAAUGGUAUAUGUGGACCCGAAGACGGGGUUGAUGCAGGAACAGCACAAGCUGAAGAGCCGGAGAGGGAAAAUGUGGGUGAAAUGGUUCCAGUACAGCACGAUUAAGAGCCUGGAUGAAGAGCUGGCUGAGAUGUCUGACAUUGAUGCACCCCAAAAAAGGUGGUUAUGGCCAUUGACGGGCGAAGUGUUCUGGCAAGGAAUCUUCGAGAAGGAGAGGAACCAAAGGAAUAGGGAGAAAGAGAGGAGGAGGCAACAGAGCCGGGAUAAGAUCUCGAGGAUCAGGAAUCGGACUCAUCAAAAGGUGAUCGGGAAAUAUGUGAAGCCUCCGCCUGAGGAUAAUAGUAAUAAGAACAAUAGUAGUCAAAACCCAAACUCAAGAGAAGUUGCUGAAGUACAGCAUUUGCUAUAGCAUUAAUUUUCUUACAAAGUAGUAGUCAAUGUCUAAAGAUAGAUAUCAUUAGCUUUUGCCUCAAGGGUUGUCUUGGGCUCUUGGCGUUUUUUUCUGGCCCCUUUUUCUUUUGCAUUGUUUGACCACUAAAGCAAACUCUGGGUACAAUUCAUAUUCAUUUAUUCAUUAUAUAUCUUCUUUUCCAGCAGUGUAAUUGCAAUGGAUCUUCUAU